GCGCGGGACCCCGGCGGCCGUUGGCGGCCGUUGGCGGGCGGCGCGGCGCGGCGGGCCCCACCUCGGGCUGUGUGACGCGGGGUUGCCAUGGCCACUGGUUUACGCUACAAGGGCCGGCGGGGGGGCGGGCAGGGGAGGGGGCGGAUCGCUUCAGCACCAGGUUGGCCGCGGACAGCAGCGGCGGCGGCGGCGGCUCCGGUGGCCCCGGCUCGGCGGCGCCUCCCCCCCACCCCUCCCCGCGCCGGGCAGCGGCGGCCGGAGGACGGAGAGCGGAGGCAGAGGGGGCGCCCGCCCCUCCCGCUUUCCCUGGGAGGUUCAUGUUUUUAUCAGUGACAAGAUGACAAUUCAUAUUUUUACCAAAGGAUCCAGUGAGUCAUCUUAUUAACUCCCCUGAAAUACAUGAUUGGCAAUAGAACUGCCACGUUAGCCAACUGACUUCACAAUGACUGAGAGCUUAGACCACAGAUUCAGUAGUCUCACCUGGGAUCAGAUUAAAAUUCUGGAUCAAGUAUUAACUGAGGUAAUACCCAUCCAUGGAAGAGGAAAUUUUCCAACACUGGAAGUAAAACCAAAGGAUAUCAUUCGUGUGGUAAGGGAACAGCUCAUCGAAAAGCAAAUCAAUGUUCGAGAUAUCCGCCUGAAUGGUUCAACAGCUAGUCACAUCCUAGUAAAGCAGAACGGAACGAGUUAUAAGGACCUAGACAUCAUUUUUGGUGUUGAACUUCCAAGUGAACUCGAAUUCCAGAUCGUUAAGGAGGCAGUCCUGAAUUGCCUAUUGGACUUUUUGCCAAAAUGUGUUAAUAAAGAAAAAAUCACUGCUCAGACCAUGAAAGAUGCCUAUGUACAGAAGAUGGUCAAAGUCUCCACUGACCACGAUCGCUGGAGUCUCAUCUCACUGUCAAACAACAGUGGCAAGAAUGUAGAGUUAAAAUUUGUGAACUCGCUCAGACGGCAGUUUGAGUUUAGUGUCGACUCCUUCCAAAUAAUACUGGACUCCAUACUAAGUGUUUACAGAGAAACAGACUGCAAACUGGCAGAAGACUCUCACCCCACGGUUAUUGCAGAGAGCAUGUAUGGAGACUUCAAUGAAGCAAUGGACCACUUAAAGUACAAACUUAUUUCCACCAGGAACCCUGAGGAAAUCAGAGGAGGCGGCCUUCUGAAGUAUAGCAAUCUCCUGGUUCGUGACUUUAAGCCAGCAGAUGAGGCUGAAAUUAAAUCUCUGGAACGUUAUAUGUGCUCCAGGUUCUUCAUUGAUUUUCCAGAUGUUGCUGAGCAGCAGAGGAAAAUUGAGUCAUAUCUGCGCAACCACUUCAUUGGGGAAGAAAAAAGCAAGUAUGACUACUUGAUGACUCUGCACGGAGUUGUAAAUGAGAGCACAGUCUGUCUCAUGGGACAUGAACGAAGACAAACUCUGAAUAUGAUUACAAUUCUGGCUUUAAAAGUACUUGGAGAACAGAACAUCAUCCCAAAUGCAGCCAAUGUAACAUGCUACUAUCAGCCUGCUCCGUAUAUCAGUGACAGAAACUUCAGCAAUUAUUACAUUGCUCAUGGACAACCACCUAUCAUCUACCAGCCGUACCCAUUUCACAUACCAAUGCAAAGUGGCAUGGUUUAGUAACGCAGUAACCUCCUCAGCACUUAGACCCCUCUCUCUUCCUAGUCCUCUCCGUAUUAAAGGCCUCAUUAAAACACGUUUUGUCAUCACUUUUGAUUUCAGGACUUAAUUUUUUUGUGCAAGUUGCCAAUGUUACUUGGUUGGUCAAUGUUGAAAUCACCAUUAAGCAGAUCACAAAAUAAGUAAGAUUACUAUCAUUACUCCUGAUGUAUUUAUAUCCCUAAAUGUGUUCGGGCUGUACUUGUCUUUUGGGCAAAAAGAGAUGGAUAUAAAUUAUUCUGAUUUUAUAAGAUGAAAUGCACUACGUUCUAGGUUCUAAACAAUUCUUAAGCAAAAUUUAAAUAAUGAAAAUGAAAAAUUAAGCCAAUAAAAUACCUCUCAGUAGAAAUGCCUGAUUUCAAAAAUGCUAGUGUUCUGGGUACAUUGAACUGACAGGAUCAUCCAUCAGUUAUACCCAUUCAGUUCCAGCAAAAUUUAUUUUCAGCACAUUUUGAAAAUAUGCAUUGAUUGACUGUCUCUUGGUAGAUGGAGUUCUGCUCUAUAGGCUCUUGUCUGAUCACUUUUCAGCUCCUGCUAGAGACUUGAGGUCGCAGAGCUCGCUGGAGUACUGCUCGGUGGCGGUUAGCAGAAAGCAUCCCUACCAAGAGCAAAUGCAGCAUUUUUUGAGUAUCCAAAAUUUCCACUGAUUUCAGUGAGAGAUUGGGCUGCAUGUUGGACCCCAGAAUCUGACUCACAGAUGGUGACAGUUCUAUGAGCAGUAGCUAUUCUGAACAAAUUUGUCCUGAAAACCAGGGUAAUACAAUGACAAAGGUGAAAACUGAGUACAUAGGGGCUUUCUUUCUAUUGUUAAUUUGUUAUUAAUCAGAGAUGCUGAAGUGCAUAAUAAAUAGAGUCAGGAAAGGAAAAAAAACACAACAAAGCUGAGGGAUGUGUUAUAUUUCAGUGAAUUAAGACAAAUUCUUAGCAGUGGCAUUUGAAAAAGAUGUUUUAUACUAGCAAUGUCCUGUGUAUGUUUAGAUAUCUGCACACAUACACUAGUAGCAAAUGAAGAUCUCUCUUAUGAUCAGGAAGUAAAACAUUAGUUACAAGCUUUUGUGUGUUUGUGUGUGCAUGUGUGUGUUUACCAAAGAUAAGUUUUAAAUGUGUCACAUAAGUGCCUCUCUGUGCCGGCUGUUCCACGAAAGCUGUAAUGCAGCCUGCAAUCAUCAUGCUAGACAGCUCCUGAGCUAGAAAAGGGUAAGUGAAAUAUGUGGAACUCCACCUGUGGGUGACAAAGAGUUUGUGCUACUGAAAUCAGAGAUUUGCACCGUUUCCUUCAGUAUGUGCAGGUUUGGGACUGGUGGGUUUGAGGCUGAUCUCCCUGAAGCUCCUGCAGGUUAGGUGCUGAAUGUGGUGCAACGAGACAGAACAGCAAUGAAGAGACAUGUAGAAUCGAUGGGGUUGUAAAAUCAAAACAGUCACCUGGAAAUACGAACAAUAGAUUUUUCUGAUUUCUGAUGCUUAACAUAUCAUAUUAAGAAUUCAUUACUGGAACAUCGUUUUAUAUCCUGAUCAUGAUUUUUCAGAAUACUGAAUCUAUUCAGUAUCUACUGAAUCUACAAUAUCUACUAAUCAGAACAUUGAAUCUAUUUACAGACCGGUACCAGGUAUUAGAAAUUUAUGCCACUUUUAGAAAAAUGUUUGAUUUAUUUUACACAGAAAUAUGCUACGUACCAGUGUUUUAAAUCUAACGUUUCUCAGAUUUCUAAGAUCUACGGUGACCUACUUGCCAGUGAAAUGUAGCUUUCCUUUACCCCGUUAUAUGCCUGUGCAGUAGAACAAAGCUUUAUAGAGCCAACUUUGCUGAUUGUCAUCAUUUAAGUCAACCUCUUUCUGUAAAAUAUAAUGCAAAAAUAUAGUGCGGAAUAAUGUAUGAGAAAUGUCUGUACAAGAUGGUUAUACUAAUCUACUUUGAAGGAAAUUCAUUUUCGUGAUAUCUUUGAUGAAUAUAGUAAAUUCUAUUAUUUUUGCUGAUUUUCAAAUAUGUCCAAAUAUGUUCCUUGUCUAAGGGCAUAUUUUAUUUCACUCUCACUAGUAUCUUCCCUUUAUUUAAUCACAUAGGCAAUUCUAAUUUCUAUGUUAUCAAAUAUGGUAACACUAUUUGCAUUUAAGCACUUUUAGGAAAUUCCCCCUAUCCAAAACAAAAUGGAGUGAAACGUGGUGGAAUGGCUUUUUAAAUGGAGCUGUUUAGGUUAAAACAGAACCUUUAAAUCUAGUUUGCUAGAUUUGCAUCAACUUACUACCAGGAAACCUCCUAGUUUCCCUAUUCCCUCUCCUCCACGCCCGGUCUCCUUGCUGCUAGGUGGUGAAAUGGGCUGACCGUCUCAAGAACCAGAAAACAGGUCUGCCAAGAAAGGAGCAUUUUCAACAUAUCAUGUAAUUCCACUGCACCAUUAUGUGGAGAAUAUUUCAAAACCAGGGUUUUUUUAACUGACUAGUAGGAACUUGUACCACUCUGUAAAACAGACCAUAAUUCUCUUUCUGAAUCGGACAUUGUGAAAUGUAUCAGUAAUGAUGAACUAGCUCUGAAUGUGUAUAAACCAGCCUGUCCACUUGUACAGCAACUGUGCAUUUAAAUCUAUGUAUUAUUUCAUUCGGUUACGUCCCUGCUUAUACAUCCAGGUUAGAUACGGAAGGACUCAGCCAAAGUCCGCUGGGUUAGUGGGAAGAAUCCACCCGACUAACGGGCUUUCAGUGGGACCUUGGGAAAGAGUAAAGUACCUACAGGUAAAGGUACAAAGACAUCAAUAUGCAAAAAUGUCUCAGGUAUAAAUAAACCCUUUACAUUUAUUGAAAAAGGUCUUGUAUUUCUUACCUAGAGGUAGUUCAGUUUUGAAGGUUGUGAGGUUUAUGAUUUUAUAUAUAGUUAUAUAUAUAAAAUCUCACAUACCUACACAUACACCAACAAUUAACAAAAUCUAAUGUUUUUAAAUAUUUCCUUCCAAAUGCUAUAUUGAUACCUAGCAGCAGUAUUGGACCUGAAGACUUUUUUAAGGUAGUAAUGAUUCUGUAAAAAAAUAGUAAAAUGGGGACACAGUUGUAUGGACUGCUGCUAGCAAAACACUGAUCUCAAUAUGUAAGAUGAAUACUGUAACCUCUUCUCCAGUUAUUAUCUAUUUUACUAUGUGCAGAUAUAAACCUACAAAGAAUUAAUUGAGAGACUUUUUUAGUACCAGUAUCCUGAGCUUCAUGUUUACAUUAUAUCUUAUUGUUACAAUCUGUUCAAUAAUUAUAAUAUCUGGAAAUUGUAAUGUUGAUUUUAUUUAAUCAUACAAAACUUCUUAAGGUUUACACUUUAAAGUAAUCUAAUGUUGUCAGGACUUAAGUGUUAAAGUUUCAAGUGCUUUCCUAAAAAUUGUGAUUUGAAUUUUGUGUUAUGUUGUAAAAGGUCAAUUUAAAGCAUAUUCUUUCUGGUAGUUCAUUUAAAAUGUAAUUUGUGAGCUUUAUACUCAACAUAUUACAAAGGUUUUUGCAAUGGACAAAAGAACUGUAAAAUUGUCCUCAGUCAAGAUGUUAUAUUGUCUGUUGUGUUACACUGAUCCUACAGAUCUGUAAAAAAAUGGGUCUGAUUUA